AAAAAAAAAACGUCAUAAUUAAUGUCAGCUGUGGAUUGAUUUGUAAAUUGUGAUUUUUCAUUUUAUUUAAUUUUAUUACGUUAUUAAUGUAAAAAUUUGCUCUAUUAUCGUAGAUACAAUGUAGAAUUUAGACUUUAAGUUAUAAGUGUUAGUAUUAGUUAAAAAUGAACUUCGUGAAGAGUGAAACGGGCAAUAUAUGCCGAGGGUGUCUGUGUGUUGACCGCAUACUUAUGCCUUUGAAUAAAAAUGUGGACUUGUUCUUUAUAUUCCUGGGAAAUGAGCUGUCUGUAUCUGAGGACUGCAAAUUCUCAAAUAUUCUUCUUUGCUGGGAGUGCAUAGCCCUGCUGAAGAAGGCUGCACUCUUUCGGAGCAGAGUGCAGACUGCGCACAGAUACUUUGAGCAACUACUGAAUACACCAAUAUCUGAACUAACAACUCUUAAAACCCAUAAAAAAGAUUACUACGACCAAAUCCUGGUCCAGAAUGAGGACUUUGAACCUAAAGUAAAGCCCGAGACCUUCCUAUUUGAGGUCCCUGUACAAGUUGAUGAAGGCCCAGCCACCGCAGAUUGUAAUAUUAAGCAAGAGGGUCAUGAAGAUGAUGACGAUCGUUUUGUGUCUGAGCCCGAUGUGGAAUCCAAACUGGAUAUGCCGAUUUUGGUUAAGAAGGAGAAAAAGAAGAAGAAGUGCAAUCCUCUUGAAAGUAGAAUAAAAACGAAAUCCGUCAAAUAUACCGAUGAAGAAAGAGACAAGCAUGUAGAACAUGUAGACUAUACUCUGAAAGAGGUGUUGUCUAUGGAACGGGAUCCAAAGAAACCAUUCAAGAUCAAGAAUAUGGAUCAAUACUCUAAUAUUCUUAUCAGAAAGAUGUAUGAGACAAAGUUAACGGAUCUUAGCAAAAACGUGGAGGAUGGUGGUAUUAAGUGUUCAGAGUGUGAAACCACGGUGGCGGACCGCGAGGCCAUGGCUGAGCACUGGGCUGCUCACCCCGUGGCCCUGCUGCGCUGCCUCUUCUGUGGCAUUCUUUGCAAAUCCCGGAAAUACAUGAAAUACCAUUUAGACGCACGCCAUUCUAUCAUCUACAGCUGCACGCUGUGUAAUAUGGAGUUCAGAGCCCUUCCCCAAUACCACUGGCACUACCGAAGUCUCCAUAAGACACAAAUUUGCGAUUACUGCGGCAAGAAAUUCCACCAGAAGAGUGGCAUCGAACGACACAUCAGGGUCAACCACUUACCAGCGGUGUGCCAUAUAUGCAAUCACGAGUUCAAACAGAAAAGCUACCUAACGGAGCAUUUGUUGAUAAAGCACCAAAUAAAGGUGGAGAGAACGAAGCCUAUAGUGGAAGAGCUAGCCUACUGUGUUGAGUGUAAUUUGCAGUUCCCCAGCGAGUACUUCUACAAACGGCACCUCGAGUAUGCCGUUGCACACCGCCGCAGAAUACGAGAGAAGGUUCCUUGCCCAGACUGUGGAAAGAUUUUCAGUCGGAAUAGCUACAUGAACAAUCAUUAUAAACUGGUACACGUUAGAAAGAGUCAGCACUAUUGUGAACUUUGUGACAAGCACUUCAUAAACGGUUACGCGUUGAGAACGCACAAGAAGUUCGUCCACGAGAAGAAUGAGAAGCCAAAGAACAAGAUAUGUGAUAUUUGCGGUCGAGGAUUCCAUACGAACCGUAUGCUGACCAACCACAGACGCACACACACCGACGAACGGCUCGCUGACCAACCACAAACGCACACACACCGGUGAGCGUCCACACAAAUGCAGCUAUUGCCCCGCCGCUUUUACGCAGAACUUUGCGCGCAAGACGCACGAGAAGUCACAACAUAAACAUCUACUGUACGAGCUCAAGGGUUCCCCUGAACACGACGGGGUUUAAAAUGAGGGUAGACAU